GCAGCGCUAAAACGUAUCAGAGCAAAAAAAGCAGAAAAUGCGAUACGCCUGAGGCAGCAAAGGUAACGUCCAAAUAGUCGCACGCAUUUUAGCGCAGUGGGCGCGUGAACGUGAACCGAGUGCGAUCUCAAAACUGUUUCAGGGACAAGCAGCGAUUACCACAAUCAAUCAACAAAUAUAUAAAUAAUGGCCGAUGAAGCACAAGCACCACCACCAGCCGAGGAGGCGCCACCAGCAGAGGGUGCCGAGGGCGCGCCCGCCGAAGCGGCCGCUGAUGCGCCACCAGCUGAACCCAUCAAACACUCCUACACCCUCUUCUACUUCAAUGUGAAAGCAUUGGCUGAGCCGCUACGUUAUUUAUUCGCAUACGGCGGCAUCGAGUACGAAGAUGUGCGUGUCACGCGUGACGAGUGGCCGGCACUCAAGCCGACAAUGCCCAUGGGUCAAAUGCCAGUACUGGAAGUUGAUGGCAAACGUGUACACCAGAGCAUUUCGAUGGCCCGCUUUUUGGCUCGCACAGUUGGCCUGAACGGUGCCACACCGUGGGAGGAUCUACAAAUCGAUAUUGUUGUUGAUACCAUCAACGAUUUCCGUCUAAAAAUUGCAGUCGUCUCCUAUGAACCCGAGGAUGAUAUCAAAGAGAAGAAACUCGUAACACUCAAUACCGAAGUCAUUCCAUUCUAUUUGGAAAAAUUGGAACAGACUGUUAAGGAUAAUGAGGGACACUUCGCAUUGGGAAAGAUAACAUGGGCCGAUGUCUACUUCGCCGGUAUCAUCGAUUACAUGAACUACAUGGUAAAGCGUGAUCUGUUAGAGCAAUAUCCAGCGCUGAAGGCUGUCGUUGAUGAAGUCAAUGCAUUGGAACCGAUCAAGGCCUGGAUCGAGAAGAGACCCGUGACUGAAGUUUAAGGCAAAAAAACAUAACAAAUUAAUAAUAAUUAAAUGAAAGCUGAUAUAAUUUUGAAUAACAACUAUAAAACAGCUGGAAGAGAGUCUUACUCCGCAUAGCAUAACUUAGCAUGGCUUAGGAGGUGCUAAACUAAACAAAAUGGCGUGAGGAAGAAGAACAUAUGCAAAACAGCAAAAAAAUACUAUUCUAAACAUCACAUAAAUAAUAUUUGUAGAAAAGCCAAGCUUUUUGAAUACACACACCAACAUAUAUACAUUUGUACGGAUUUCCAUGAUAGGCAACAACAAUAACAUUUAAUAAAAAAUAAAAAAAACAUCUUAAAAACAAUAUUGAUCUACAUGACACUUUGUUCCUUUUUUGUGUACUUUGUAACGGUAAUUAAUUGUGAACUAAUAUUAUUAUAUAACGGGGAAACAAAUAAUAACACAAUUAUAGCCAAUAACUGUUUUUGUUAUACUAAAAAAUAUAACAAAAAUUUCUGUUCCUAUUGAGAAUUCAAUUCUAUUUUGAAAUUACGUAACUAAAAUUUUCAAUUUUUUAAUAAAUACUUGUAAUUUUCAAAUACCUCUAUUAAGAUGUUCGAUUUUUAAAUAAGCAUUUCUUUCACAAAUUACUUUUCUUAAGUAAACUAAUGUUAAAAACAAGCAAAAACAUUUUAAUAUAAUGAAAAUUUUUUGAUCAAAUUUGUUAAAUUGAAAAGAAAAAAAUAUGGUAAUUUUUUUAAAUGAUUUUAACUCUUGAAAAUAUUAAAUGUAAAAAUUGAAAAUUGAGGUAAUGUUAUUUUUUACAUAUGCGCACUAAAAAUUUUUAUUUUCUUUAUUUAUAUACUUUUAUUUUUUUAUUUCUUAUUUAUUAUUAUAUUAACCUUUUUUAUCAUAACAUUUCGUCUAUUAUUUUUAAUGCCAAAUUAAUUCCUGUGCAGACUUAUAUAACGUACAUAUGUAUUUCAUUUUAAAGAAGUGUAUUUCCAUAAUACUUUUGCCUAAUUAUUUUUAACUAUUUUUUAACGCUAUUUUUUCUUAUUAAAAACUAUUUUUGUUGUAUUAAAAAUAAAAUAUUUUUAGGCUAAUUAAUAACUUACUAAAUAAUUCUCUUUGCAUUCAAUUCUCUAAGCACUCUAGCGCUCACUUAAACACCAAAAGCAAAUUAAAGCUACAACAAAUUUAAAAAAAUAAAAUUGCUUAAUUGCUUUUUGUGCUUAGUAAAAUUUAGUUAUUUAGUUUUCUAUAAAAAAUAAAUUUGAAAAUUUUAAAAGUUUAUUAUAAGCGAUAGGCUCCACAAGCAAAACAACUACAAAACAAGCUAAGCAUGCACGCACAGUUGUAUGAAUACACACAUAUGAAAUUACAUAUUUUAUGCAGGUUUGUAAUAUUACUGCUUGCCUGCAUGCUUAAACGUUCGUACAUACAUACAUAUAUAGAUUAACAUCUCCUUACGGGUUAAUGGUUUACAUAUACAUAUAUUAUUAUUAUUAAUAAAAAUUAAUAUAAAACAUAUAUGUACAUAUACAUAUGUAAAUAGAUUGUAUGCAAGUAUUCUAGUGCCAACUUACAAAAAAAAAUUGAUCCACAUUUAAAUUGUACUCUAAUUUUAAACUAACAAACAUUACAAAUGAACACACUUAAGUGUCGGUAAAAAUUUGCAAAAGUGCUAAUAACAAUAUAAAAGAAAAGCUCACCAUUGCCACUAUCAACGAAGCACUCAUUAUCAGAAAAUGUUUUAAAAUCGUAAACUCAAAUUCAACCUCAUUAAACACUCACUCAAUAACCCAUAAAAUCAAAUGAUUAAAAUAACAACAGAAAAUUGCAUCCAAAUGCCAAAAUUAUUGCACAACGAACCAACGCAACUACACCGAGCAACACAACUAUUGAGAUGUACACUGAACAAGCUACCAAAACAAACAGGCAAAAUAAAAGAAGAAGAGCAGGGAAAUAAUUUAAAAAAUACGUUUGCAAAUGAAAAAGUGCAAAUAUAUGCCUUAAAUUGUUGAACAAAUAACAAUAAUUUUAACAACAAUGAAAAAAUAUUAACCAAUUCGUGUUAAUCAAAGCAGCGUAGAGAAGAAGCAGCAAAUAGGCAGUUAACAUCAAUUUACUAUUUAAACAGCGAAAGAAAGAACACGCAAAUUAGAUUGAUAUAAAAAUAGCAUAUUAAAUACAACACCAAAAUGCUGAAAUCUUGAUAACAGUCGUUUUUAACGUGUAAAAAAAUUCAUAUAAUUGUACUUUUAUGCGAAAAAAUAACGAAAGUUGCAAUAAAGAAAGCAUACGGAGA